AUGAGCUCCCAAAUUCGUCAGAAUUAUUCCACUGAGGUGGAGGCUGCGGUCAACCGCCCGGCCAACCUGCACCUGUGGGCCUCCCAUACCUACCUCUCUCUGGGCUUCUAUUUCCACCAUGACAAUGUGGCUAUCGAGGGCGUGGGCCAAUUCUUCCCUGAGUUGGCGGAGAAGAAGCUUGAGGGCACUGAGCAUCUCGUUUUAAAGUUGCAAAACAAGCUCGGUGGCCGCAUUCUCUUCCAGGAUGUGCUGAAGCCUUCCCAAGGGGGGAGGGGGGGCGCGGGCAGGCCAACUCAGGACGCCAUGGAAGCUGCCCUGGCCUUGGAGAGGAACCUGAACCAGGCCCUUUUGGAGCUGCAUGCCCUGGGUUCUACCCACACAGACCCUCAUCUCUGUGACUUCCUGGAGAAGCACUUCCUGGAUGAGGAGGUGAAACUCAUCAAGAAGAUGGGCAACCAGCCAACUAACAGCCCCCAGGCUGGGCUGGGUGAGUAUCUCUUCAAACGGUUCACCCUCAAGCAUGACUUGGAGCCUUUGGAGCCCAGAGGCCUUUGA